GUAGGCGGAGGCGUCAGUAGACGGGUAACCACCCGCACCCCUCCCGUUCGGACCUUCGUCAAUAUCCGCUCCGGCGAAACGAACGCCAUAGUUAAGCGAAAGCCGUCAAGCCCAAAUCGGCUUGUUUCCAAAGCGGAAUCGUUUGAGUCUGAAUAAAAUAUUCUACGUAUGAGUUUAUCCGUCGAGGCAGACGGGUCCCCAAACGAUAGCCGACGAUACGAAAGCGAGCUCUUUGCAGAGAGUGGAAAGACGGCAUCCGGCCUGCGAGAAGUAGCCAAGGGCUGGGACUCGGGUCGAAACAGCUCGUUUAGUUUCUGGCCUCCCCGGCCUCAGGGGCCCAUGGAGAAGAUGAAGAGGUUCAAGAGGCGUUUAUCGCUCACCCUGCGUGGAAGCCAGACCAUUGACGAGUCCCUCUCUGAGCUGGCUGAGCAGAUGACCAUAGAGGAGAACAGCAGUAAAGACAAUGAGCCCAUAGUGAGGAACGGCCGGCCUCCCUCUUCCCACAGCAUGCACUCCUUCCUGCACCAGUACACGGGCUCCUUCAAGAAGCCGCCCCUGCGUCGUCCCCACAGCGUCAUCGGGGGCAGCCUGGGCUCCUUCAUCGCCAUGCCCCGCAACGGCAGCCGCCUCGAUAUAGUACAUGAGAAUUUAAAGAUGGGAUCAGAUGGUGAGAGUGACCAGGCAUCGGGGACAUCCUCAGAUGAAGUGCAGUCUCCCACCGGAGUGUGUCUCCGGACCAGGUCGCACCGCCGCAUUUCCAUGGAGGACGUGAAUAAGCGCCUGUCUCUGCCUGCUGAUAUUCGGAUUCCUGAUGGCUAUCUGGAGAAGCUGCAGCUAAGCAGCCCGCCCUUCGACCAGCCUCUCAGCCGCCGCUCACGCAGGGCCUCGCUGUCAGAAAUUGGUUUUGGAAAACUGGAGACCUACAUCAAACUGGACAAACUUGGAGAGGGGACGUACGCCACCGUCUUCAAGGGUCGGAGCAAACUGACGGACAACUUGGUGGCUCUGAAGGAGAUCCGGCUAGAGCACGAGGAAGGGGCACCAUGCACAGCCAUCAGAGAGGUGUCAUUACUGAAAGACCUGAAACAUGCCAACAUUGUUACUCUCCAUGACAUCGUCCAUACGGACAAGUCCCUCACCCUUGUCUUCGAGUAUCUGGAUAAGGACCUCAAGCAGUACAUGGAUGACUGUGGAAACAUUAUGAGCAUGCACAACGUCAAGAUUUUCCUAUUCCAGAUCUUGCGAGGGCUGGCGUACUGCCACAGACGCAAGGUUCUGCACCGAGACCUGAAACCACAGAACCUGCUCAUCAACGAGCGAGGCGAGCUGAAGCUAGCUGACUUUGGUCUAGCCAGGGCCAAGUCUGUCCCCACUAAGACGUAUUCAAACGAGGUGGUGACUCUGUGGUACAGGCCUCCGGAUGUGCUGCUGGGCUCCUCGGAGUACUCCACACAGAUUGACAUGUGGGGGGUUGGAUGUAUCUUCUAUGAGAUGGCUGCUGGUCGGCCACUCUUCCCAGGGUCUACAGUGGAAGAUGAACUGCAUCUCAUCUUUAGGCUCCUGGGCACACCUACUGAGGACAACUGGCCAGGCAUCUCAUCUAUUGAGGAGUUCAAAUCCUACAACUUCCCCAAAUACAAGCCGCAACCCUUCAUCAACCAUGCGCCCAGGCUGGACACUGAAGGAAUUGAGUUGUUGCUGUCCUUUCUUAAGUAUGAGUCCAAGAAACGAAUUUCUGCUGAUGAUUCCAUGAAACAAUCCUACUUCAAGAGUCUAGGCAUGCGUGUGCACACACUGCCUGAGAGUAUAUCAAUAUUCACACUGAAAGAGGUGCAACUUCAGAGGGACCCUGGCUACCGGAAUUCCUCCUACCCAGACACGGGAAACAGCAAAAGCAGAAGACAGAGCAUGCUGUUCUAAAUCUUCGCUUAUCCGUGAACACUUGCACAAGCACGCGCGUGUGCGCGCGCACACACACACACACACACACACACACAUGCAAGCAAGCACACACAGUGGAUCAGGAUGAUGGCAUUUGCUCAGUGACUGUCUUGUAUAGACUAACUGGCUAGCCCAUGCCUCCCCUCCCGCCCUUCAGUGUGAGUGUGUGUGUGCGUGCGUGCGUGUAUGGUGGGAGAAGUGGUCUGGUCAGCCCAUCUCUUUCCCAUCCUUCUGUGACCAGCAUGCAGCCAGUCUCGGUAACAAACAUACCCUGACCCACCUCUGGUUCUGUAAGACAGUGUAUUGACUUUCCCCCUGAUGUGGAGACUGUGAGAGAGAGAGAGAGAGAGAGAGAGAAAGAGAAAGAGAGAACGAGAGAAUGUGCGUGUGUGUGUGUCUGUGUAUUUAUUGAAGAGGUCAGUGUUUGUUUUUGUUUUUUUGCUGCUAAUCAACUACUGUCUCCUUUUGACUUCCCAACUCUUAGACAACCUUCCUGGCUGUCGUGGACACGUUAGUACUGCCGUCACAGAUUUUCUUUUUCUUUUUUUACAGUUAUUAUAAUUCUGAAUAACUCUUUUAGUAAUGGCAGUGUUGUAUACAUCAUUUGUUUGUCAUUGCUUUGGUUCUACAGA